UCUCGACAAUGAACAAUUGAAGUGGAAUAUUUUAAAGCUUUACAAUAGCUGUCAUUAAUGAACAUGGUUGACCAUUCAGGUCAAAAGUCUUUGCCCUAAGAAAUUAUCGUGCAGUGGAAAUGUUUCAUUUUCCAGAGCCUGAACCUCUGGAUUACUAUAUCGAUGACGUUUCGCCCAGUUUUUUGACGGAUGGUGUACUCCUACGCGGAAAGCUGGAACCGGUUCAUAAAUGCGUUGGCAAGCAACUACGUCCUAUUAAGAGGAAACCCAGCGAUCCUGUUGGACCGAUAAGGAAAGUGGAUUCUUGUACACUGGAAAGAUGGGCAAAUAAGGAAAGAAGUGGAUAUGUGAAUAAAUGCGGAGAAAAUGCCUGGGCUGUACACGAUAUGAUGAAAUUAUUUCCCGUGAGGAAAUUUGACAGUCGCAAAAGUCAGAGCAGCAGAGUUUCAAUUUUUCCACGAAGCAAGCAGUACGAGUACGAUUACACACGUGAUGGACGAAUGUGUAAUUCGGAGCUUGGAAAUGAAGAAAAUCUGAAAUGCAUAAAAAUUGAGGAAAGUCCAAAUUAUGAAACAAAAACGAAGCACGAUUAUACUGAAAAAUGUGUAAAAUCAAAUAUAUCAGAAAAGGUCCAGAUGGAAGAUAAAAAAUGUUCUGUACCAGAUCCGCUGAUUAAAAGUGAGUAUCACAGGGAGAAUAAGAUGCGAGAUGGGAUUGAUCGAGUGGAUGAUCGGAAGGUUGAAAUCCGGAAAGAAAAAAAUUCGGGAAACGUCACAUAUGCCUGUAAACGGUUACCUUGUAAACAUGGAAAGACAUUGUUGUGUCACGUGAAAAUCGACGGUGCACUGAACGCAAAUGAAGCGGAAAAAAUACGCAAGGAUUCAAGAUGGCGUCCUUUGCGAAAAGUGCUGGACGCACCGAGAGAUAAGAUGGAGCUAAGGGAGGAGAUGUCGAAAGUGUCGAAGCCUUACCUUCACGAGCUGAAUAAGUGGUAUUCGGAAAAUAAACCGAGUAAAAUUUUCCCACGGGAACAUUUGUGAGAUGAGUGAUGAUAGAAUGACGAGUGGAGAUGAAAAAAAAAGAAUUUUAUUUAUUUCAUCAUUCUGUCACUUUUAUUAUGAGAUAAUCGCAAUAUUACUCAAGUAAUUUUACCAAUCGAUCGGUAUGGAUAUGUUGUGUUGUUAAUGCGUAUGGGUGCAAGUGAAAACGUGCGACCGAUACUGAUGCAGCUGUGAGUAUUCAAUGGAAUUUCAGGAAUUUCACCAAGGACUAUACCUGCUCGAAUGACUGUUAAAGCCGAAGAAAUAUUUCAAAACGUCUUUCCGAAGAUGUAUUUUACCAUUAUAUCGUCAGACUAAUAUAUAAUAAACUGUCAAUAUUAUUACCAACCA